AUGCUCGAAUACUUCGCCUACAAAAAAUACAAGAAGCACAAGGCCGAAAAGGACGAGAAGAAAGAAGACAAAGGCAAAGCCAAAGAAGAAAUCAUCCACAGCCCCGUCCUCGAACCCGACGACGAGAGCUUCCUCGAGUCGCUCGCCUCCGACGAAGGCCCCGCGCCGCCUCUGCCCCCUCGCAUCAAGACGCCCGAAAUCACAUGGGAUUCGGACGAUUUCAGCCGUCGCUCGGGAGAGAUCUCCGACAGCUCUGUAGGAUCGGCCGCAGUCGCGGACGAGGGGGAUAAGGACAAGGGCAAAGAGAAGGAGAAGGACAAGGACAAGAAGAAGCGGUUCUCAGUUAUUCCCUUCUUCGGUCAGCAGAAGAAGAAGCAGGGCCCUACGUUGGCGCCGCCGGCGGAUGCCUCGAAAGCUGAAGUGGAUCGCGAAGAGCGGGAUAUUAGUCGCAUCCUGCGAAGUCUUCACCUCACGACCGAUAGCUCCGACCGCGUCGUCUCCCUCACGCCCGAUGUAGCGAAUCUAGCGAAGCGCUUUACGCAGGUGCUCAAGGAUCUGGCGAAUGGCGUGCCGACGGCGUAUAGCGACCUCGUAUCUCUAAUCGAGGACCGCGACGGGCUGCUCGAUCGCUCGUUCGAGAAGCUGCCUUCGUCGCUGCAGAAGCUCGUCAUGCAGAUGCCCGAUAAGAUAACCGCUUCCCUGGCCCCCGAUGUACUCAAGGCGGCGGCGGCUGCCCAGGGCAAGGAGGUGAUUGUCGAGGGCGGAGGACUGAAGGAUGCGGCUAUGAGUCUGUUGACUGUCAAAGGGUUGCAGGAGAUGGUGACGAAGCCGGGAGCCAUUGCGGGCAUGUUGAGGUCGAUUGUCAACGCGUUGAAGUUGAGGUUCCCCGCGUUUAUCGGGACGAAUCUGCUGUGGAGCGUUGCUGUGUUCUUACUCCUCUUCGUGCUCUGGUACUGCUAUAAGCGCGGCAGGGAAGAGCGCCUCAAGAAAGAAGCCGCCGAAGGAUCAAAGAAGGGAGGAGAUGUGGACAGGCUGAGCGUCGAGGAGGUCCGCGAGGGCGAGGGCGAAUCGUCGCGUGCGGGGGGCUCUGGGUCACACACUCUGAACCCUGUUCCGGUUGUGACGGAACCGGACGAUGAGCCUGCAACGGUCCCAUCUCAGGGACCUGCUCGGAUUGGGAACUAA